AUAGAAGGACAUUCUCACGUUUUUCACUAAUAUUUCUCAGCAUUAUUAACAGCUGAUCUCUUACAUUCAUAAAUGCCCAUGAUGCUCCGCGACUCAGUGGUCACCUGCGCUGUCAAUCACGUCCCUGCUCCCGCCCCCAGCGCGUACACACCCAUUUCUUCACAGGCGCUUCAUUUACUCGUUUUAUCGUCACGCGCCUUCAGCCUGGCCAGCCCGAGUACGCGCGCGCGUGCACACACGCUCCUGUGCGGCUGCACGUGUGAAAGGUUACGGCGGGGUGAGAGACGUCAUCAAACACCGUGCGGUGCGUGUCUGCGCGUGUGCCCGACUGCCCUCGCCUCCCUGCAGACCGGUGCGUGUGCGUGUGCGUGCAUGCGCGCGAGUGCAGAUGCACGUUGGCUCGAGCUGCACGAGACGAAACGGGGAAGCAUCUGCAGCUUCUCAUUUGUCUUGUUGGAGUCUUGUGCGGUUCCUCGCGAGCGCUGCGGUCACGUGCGGGUAAUUUCUCACUAAGUGUGCUUGAUUUUUCACGCGCCUGCCCCCCCCAUCCUGCUCCUCGUGGAGGUGCGGGGCCACUACCGGCUGCGGCACUGGAUGGAGCUCACGAGCAUGUGUGCGGGUGGAGCCUCGGGCGGGGCACGCGCAGGGAAAUAAACCGGGAUUUUUGGUUCUCCUCUUCUUCCUCUUCUUCUUCAUCCUCUUCUUCUUUUUCUCUCCUGCUGCGGCCGCUCCGCUGCGACGACAUGUCCAACUCCACCAAGAGCAAGAAGGACAAAGAGAUCCUCGCGGAAUACGAGAGCCAAGUGAAAGAUGUCCGGGCGCAGCUGGUGGAGCAGCAGCGAUGUCUGGAGCAGCAGACGGAGAUGCGGGUGCAGCUGCUCCAGGACCUGCAGGACUUCUUCAGGAAGAAGUCCGAGAUCGAGACCGAGUAUUCCCGAAACCUGGAGAAGCUGGCGGAGAGGUUCAUGGCCAAGACGCGCAGCACCAAGGACCACCAGCAGUACAAGAAGGACCAGAACCUGCUGUCCCCCGUCAACUGCUGGUACCUGCUGCUCAACCAGGUGAGGAGGGAGAGCAAGGACCACGCCACCCUCAGCGACCUCUACCUGAACAACGUCAUCUCCCGCCUGACGCACAUCAGCGAGGACUCGGCCCGCCUCCUGAAGAGGAGUAAGGAGAUCAUCUUCCAGCUUCAGGAGGACCUGAUGAAGCUGCUGAACGAGCUCUACACCGUGAUGAAGACGUAUCACAUGUACCACGUGGAGACUAUCAGCGCGGAGACCAAGCUGCGGGACGCGGAGCGGCAGGAGGGCCGCGUGAAGGGCCUGUCGGGGGGGGUGGAGCCCGUGUUCGGCCUGCGGAUAGAAGAGCGCCACCAGAGACGCAACGCCGCUCGCAAGAUGGAGAAGAUGAGAGAGAAGAGGAAGGCAAAGUACUCGGAGAACAAGCUGAAGACCCUGAAAGCCAGGAACGAGUACCUUCUGACUCUGGAGGCCACCAACGCCUCCGUGUUCAAGUACUACAUCCACGACCUGCCCGACAUCAUCGACUGCUGUGACCUAGGGUACCACUCCAGUCUGAGCCGGGCCCUCAGGACCUACCUGUCGGCCGAACUGAGCCUGGAGGCCUCCAGGAGGGCCGGCCUGGAGGUCCUGGAGGGGGCCGUGGAGGGCCUGGACCCGGCCCGGGACCGGCAGCGUCUGCUGGGCCUCUACCCCACGGCCUUCUGCCCCCCCCAGCGCUUCAGCUUCCAGGCUCACAUGGGCGACGCGGUGACCCAGAUCGCCUCGCAGCCGCAGCUCCAGGCGGAGCUCACCCUCCGCCUCACGCAGCUGCAGACCCGCCUGGCCUCCCUGAAGAUCGAGAACGAGGAGGUGAAGAAGACCUGGGGAGCCACCCUCACCACCCUGCAGGACAUGACGGUGCUGGAGGACUUCGACGUCUCCCACAGCUUCACCCACAGCCCGUCCUCUGAGUCGGUGAAGUCCAGCGUGUCUGACGGGUACCUGAACAAGCCCAGUCUGGCCAAGAAGAGGGCCAACCAGCAGGAGACGGAGCUCUUCUACUUCACCAAGUUCCGUGAGUAUCUGGAGGGAAGUAACCUGAUUUCCAAGCUGCAGGCCAAACACGACAUACUGAAGAAAGCUUUAGCAGAAGGAUAUAAAGCUGAGCUGCUGACCACCAGUCGUGGGCGGAAGAACUCCCACAGCAAGCACCAGGAUUCGACCAAAGCCAUCCCUCUGCUGGUGGAGAGCUGCAUCCGCUACAUCAACCUGCACGGUCUUCAGCACCAGGGCAUCUUCCGUGUGUCGGGGUCUCAGGUGGAGGUCAACGACAUCAAGAACUCCUUCGAGAGAGGUAACGACCCGCUGAUCGACGAGGAGAGCAACCACGACAUCAACUCGGUGGCCGGGGUGCUGAAGCUUUACUUCCGGGGUCUGGAGAACCCGCUGUUCCCCAAGGAGAGGUUCAACGACCUCAUCUCCUGCGUCCGCAUCGAGAACAUGUACGAGAGGGCUCAGUGCGUCCGCAAGAUCCUGCUGGGGGUCCCGAGGGCGACGCUGGUGGUGAUGCGUUACCUGUUCGCCUUCCUCAACCACCUCUCCCAGUACAGCGACGAGAACAUGAUGGACGCUGGGAACCUGGCCAUCGUGUUCGGCCCCACCCUGCUGCCCACGCCGGACGCCCUGGACCAGGUGGCCUGUCAGGCGCACGUCAACGAGGUUGUGAAGACGGUGAUCCUGAACCACGACAACAUCUUCCCGGACACCAAGGAGCUGCCCGGCCCCGUCUACGAGAAGUGCAUGACCGGAGACCAGUACUGCGAGAGUCCGUUCAGCGAGCCGGGGGCGUUGGAGGAGGCCGAGCCCGACGGCGGCACCGAGACCCAGACCAGCGACGAGGAGGGCGAGGGCGUGGAGGCCGUGGCGAGGUUCGACUACGUGGGCCGGUCGGCCCGCGAGCUCUCCUUCAAGAAGGGAGCGUCCCUGCUGCUCUUACAGCGCGCGUCACAUGACUGGUGGGAGGGGCGGCACGGCGGGCACCGCGGCCUGGUGCCCCACCAGUACAUCGUGGUGAAGGACAGGGUCGACGUCGGCUCCGAUUCGCUCAGCCAGAAGAACGACAGCGACGGCGGAAGCAGCAGCACCGAGGACAAGAGAAGCCGGAGCGAGCUGAGCUCCCCCACCGACAUCCGCCCUCUUGAGACCUACAACAGGUCUGUGAUUCACCGGAGGAAGCGGACCGACGGUUUGUUCCGCCGCCCCCUCGGCCGUUCCAACGACUCUCACUGCCACGGGAACGGGGGGGUGAUGGAGCGCAGCUCGCCCCCCGUGACGGGUCACUUCAGCCCCAGGGACCUGCUGCUGGGGCGGGGCCAGGGAGUGACUCCGCCCCUCGACAGCCCGGAGCGCCGCCGACGCUCCGCGGCCAGCGUGACCAUGACGGUGAGCCGGCACGACUCGCUGCGGAGGCCGGAGGACACGCCCAUCUGCCGCUCCAGCAGCGGGCAGCACGGCUUCAGUGACCCCCACCGCUCCAGAGCCAUGGACCCCGACACGCUGGCCCAGGACAUCGAGGAGACGGUGACCGUGGCCCUGGGGGAGUUCAGGCAGCUGGAGCGUCAUGGCUGCCGGCCGGCCCCCGACGUGGUGCUGGACACUCUGGAGCAGGUGAAGAACGGGCCGAGCACCACCUGCUCCUCCGAGUCCCCCAGCCCCCACAGCACGCCCAGCACCCCAGGGACGCCCGGCACCCCGAGCCCCCUCAGCCCCCUGAGCCCCCUGAGCCCCAUGAGCCCGCUCCCCGGGCCUCCGCCGGGCCCCCCCCGAACCACCAACCCCUCCCCCGACACCCUGGGCUCCUUCAAACCGGCCCGCAUGGGGGCUCCGCUGCGCCCCCCCGCCCUCAAGCCCAAACCCGCGGUCCCGCCCAAGAGCAGCACCCCGCCCCCGCCCCCGCCCCCGGACAAGUCGUGCACCAUGUGAUCCGAAGCGGGCCAGAAGGAGAUCAGGGUUCCACUGAAUGAGGGUUUGAUGUAGUAACAUAAUAUAACGUGUGAUAUUCUACGUGUCGUCAGGUCGCCGUGUACCUUGCUGUGUAGGAGUUUACUUUCUCCGUGUGUUGAAGCAUUUAUCAAAGGUUAGCUAGAAGAGACACAGGAAGUGAAGGGGGGGUUAGUUCAGCUCCAGUGAAAAUGUAGUUCCAGUAACGUGAAUGUUGGCUGUGUUGUCAUGGCGAUUCUCCAAAAAGAAAAAAAGAAAAAAAGCUGCUGUUUUCCUACGAAUAAACGAAGCGACUCCAGAUCAGCUGCUGCAUCCGACGCCGUCGCCGCGGCAACAAGACGUUCAGCGACCGCUGUCGGUCAUUUUUUGAUUUUCCUGCUGCUAAACCCGUUUAUCGAAUGUCUCCAGAGCCCCAACGACUGUUCGCCAUCGACUGAAUGUUCGGCGAGUUUCUGCCGCCAAUCGCCACGGCAACGAGUGCUACCUUUUUAAAAUAUGGCCUUCUUGUGUUUCCGCUUUGUGUUCAGGGCGGCGCCCUGGGACCUAUGGUUUAGUGUGUGUGUGUGUGUGUGUGUGUGUGUGUGUGUGUGUGUGUGUGUGUGUGUGUGUGUGUGUGUGUGUGUGUGUGUGUGUGUGUGUGUGUGUGUGUGCGUGCGUCCUGCCUCUGUUCUUGUUCGUGGGGAGUCGUGAUGUUUGAUAAUUCAUGCGCCUCGAGUGCCACAACACGCCAAGUGCAAAAAGCAUGCCACGUAGUGUGUGUGUGUGUAUGUGUGUGUGUACACACACACUGAUGUACCUGCUAGUCAACCUUAAGAAUUCACAAUAAGCUAACAGGGUGGGGGAGGGGGGGCUUCUGUGUGUAAACUUCCCCAAAAACAACAAAAAACUUGAAAAGCACACUGAAUGUGGAACACAUCUCUCUGUGUGUGUGUGUGUGUGUGUGUGUGUGUGUGUGUGUGUACAUGUGAAAGUGCCUUUUUUUCUUUUGAAUCCCUGUCUGUUCUUUUUGUUAUGGGGGGGGGGGUGAACCCACUCACGCAUGUCCUGAACGAGGAGCAGCAGCACUCUGAAUGAAUUACUCAUAAAGUGUUUAGUAGAUUACUGAAUUAUGAAUUCUAGCAUUAACCCAUUGUGACUUUGCACUUUGAUGUAUAAUAGGACUCGUGUACUCGGCAUGUAGCACCACGACUGUUGGUGCUUUUUAACUCAUAUCGGGACGUUUGCUUUUUCAGUUGAAUGUGUUUCAUGGUUUAAAAGCAGAGACGUGGUUUUCUGUCUAUUGGGUCCGUCGGUAUUUAAGAACCGAGCUUCGCUAAAGAGAUGAGCUCAUAUAGCCAAAUGAAUGGAAUCAAUGUGUUGUAUUUAUAUUAUAAAUAAACCCGGAAUAAAUUAGCAUUCAAGUCAUCACCAGUUUUCUUCUUUCAA